AUGGCAAAAACAAGCUAUUUGGCACCGUUCUUAGCACCAAACUGUGGGCCACGAUGUCCCAACACCGCACAAAGAAAGCCACAGAGGCAAAAAACCUUUUUCACGGCCAGAACUCCUCAACCCAGACAAACUGAGCACCAGGCCCAAGAUGGCGCCGACACAGACUCGGAUGCAGAACAGGCAGGAACAACGGGGAAACACACUGAUACUCUGCUCACACAGCAACUGCUUCAAACCAUGCUGGAUGCAGGAGUCUCCAGGAUGCAGACCACGGUUACAGCAGCUAAAGCAGACAUGAAAAGAAACCUCACUGACCUGGGCACCCGUACCUCACAAUUAGAGAACAAUACAAAAGGGCCUCAACACCGCCCAAAACGUAAUGGGGGAACGCAUAGACCGGCUGAAGGAAAAGCUGUCUGGUCACGAAUCCAAAAUCAUGGACACGGAAGACAGUUCCCGCCGUAA